AUGUUCAAUAUGAUGAAACCAUGGUUCUGGCUUUCUCUUCUUAACCUCUUCUUCUUCUCUUUACACUUGUAUACUUCUCUUGCAGCUUUAACAGCAAUCUCUUCAAACCAAUCUCUCUCUGGUGACCAAACUCUUAUCUCUAAAGGAGGAAUCUUUGAAUUGGGUUUCUUCAAACCAGAUCCUCUAUGGCAGAGUUUUGAUCAUCCAGCAGAUACAUGGCUUCCCGGUGGCAAAAUUAGGCUAGACAACAAAAGAAAGAAGCCUCAGUAUCUUACUUCAUGGAAGAAUAAGGAAGAUCCCGCAACGGGUCUUUUCUCUUUGGAACUAGACCCGAAAGGAACGACUUCAUAUAUAAUUCUUUGGAAUAAGUCUGAAGAGUAUUGGACUAGUGGAGCGUGGAAUGGACAUAUUUUUAGUCUGGUUCCUGAAAUGAGGUUAAAUUAUAUCUACAAUUUUUCGUUUGUAUCAAACGAGAAUGAGAGCUAUUUCACUUACUCCAUGUAUAACCCUUCCAUUAUAUCGCGAUUUGUGAUGGAUAUAUCCGGGCAGAUUAAGCAAUUAUCAUGGUUGGAAAGUAUCAAACAGUGGAACCUGUUUUGGUCGCAGCCAAGAGCACAGUGUGAGGUUUAUGCUUUCUGCGGUGCGUUUGGAAGCUGUACUGAGAACUCGAAGCCAUAUUGUAAUUGUUUGAGUGGUUUUGAGCCAAAGUCACAGUCUGAUUGGGAUCUGGAGGAUCACUCAGGUGGGUGUAUGAGAAAAACAAGGUUGCAAUGUGAGAGUUCUGGUGACUCUAAUGGGGUAAAAGACAGGUUUCGUCCAAUCCCAAACAUGGCAUUGCCUAAACAUGCACAAUCGGUGAGAUCAGAGAAUGCAGAAGAAUGUGAAUCAAUAUGCUUGAACAGCUGCUCGUGUUCCGCUUAUUCGUAUGACAGUAAUGGAUGUUCAGUUUGGAUUAAAGACCUACUGAAUCUGCAACAGUUUUCUUCAGAUGACAGCAGUGGAAACACUUUGUAUCUAAAACUUGCAGCAUCAGAAUUUAGUGAUGCUAAAAACAAUAACAGGUUGAUUAUUGGUAUUGCAGUAGGUGCUGUAGUUGGCGUAGGGAUUCUCUUGGCUGUUCUUCUGAUUGUUGUGGUUAGGCGAAGAAAGCGAACGGUUGGAACAGGUAAGCCUGUUGAGGGUUCGUUGGUGGCAUUUGGCUACAGAGAUAUGCAAAAUGCAACUAAGAAUUUCUCUGAGAAAUUGGGAGGAGGCGGAUUCGGUUCUGUAUUCAAAGGAACAUUGGCUGAUUCAAGUUUAGUGGCAGUGAAGAAGUUGGAAAGUGUUAGCCAAGGAGAGAAGCAGUUCAGAACAGAAGUGAGUACAAUAGGAACAGUGCAACAUGUUAACCUUGUUCGACUCCGAGGAUUCUGUUCGGAAGGUACUAAACGGAUGCUGGUUUAUGAUUACAUGCCAAAUGGUUCCUUGGAUUUCCAUUUGUUCAUGAAGAAGGAUACUUCAGUGCUUUUGAACUGGAAAAUGAGAUACCAAAUAACUCUUGGAAUCGCAAGGGGAUUGACUUAUCUCCACGAAAAGUGCCGAGACUGUAUCAUACACUGUGACAUAAAGCCAGAAAACAUUCUCCUAGACACCGAUUUUUGUCCAAAAGUUGCGGACUUUGGCCUAGCUAAGCUAGUUGGGCGAGAUUUCAGCAGGGUCCUAACAACCAUGAGAGGAACAAGAGGCUAUCUUGCUCCAGAGUGGAUCUCUGGGGUGGCCAUUACAGCCAAAGCCGAUGUUUACAGUUAUGGAAUGAUGCUUUUCGAGGUUGUAUCAGGUAAGAGAAACUCUGAUUCAUCAGAAGACGGUCAGUUUACUUUCUUUCCUACCUUAGCUGCAAAAGUAGUUAUUGAAGGUGGCAGUGUGAUCACCCUAUUAGAUCCUAGGUUGGAGGGAAAUGGGGACAUUGAAGAAGUUGCGCGAAUAAUAAAAGUGGCGUCUUGGUGUGUCCAAGAUAAUGAAAAUGAAAGGCCAACAAUGGGUCAGGUAGUUCAAAUUCUUGAAGGGAUUUUGGAAGUGAGCUUGCCUCCGAUUCCAAGAUCUCUUCAAAUGUUGGUUGAUAAUCAUGAGAACGUGGUUUUCUACACUGAUUCUAGCUCAACUCAAAGUUCACAGGUUAAGAGUAACAUCUCAACAAGUUCUCAGGUCAAAAGCAAUAUAUCAUUGACGAGCUCUAAUUUAUCGGCAGAAAAUUAG